GGGCCAGCUGGGCCCAAGGCAAACACUCCACGGUCCCCCAGCAGGCUGUGUGCAGGUGAGGCUGGUCUGCAGCGCUCCCCCCGCGGGGCCCUGGUUGCUGGGUGCUAAAGCAAACGGGGUCUGUUUGCCCAGUCUGUGAUGACAAUGCCGUCGCCAAAUAUUUGCCAGCCUGGGGUGGUUGUGAAGCCCAGCUAUAAAUGCUUGAGCCCAGGUGGAAGUAGGCCUGCCAAACGAAGAGGUACACUCUGGCCAGGUUCUCCCCCUACACACUAUUGGCCACAUGCCCACCAUCAGCAUCUGCCUACCUCUCCUCCUGAGGAGCUCAGCAGCAUCCCCAGGAGAGCCAAGAAAACCUUGAGUCCAUCAAGGUACUGCCAGCCCUGACUGUUAACCUGCUCCUCUACCUCCCUCCUCAGCUGGUGUUUGCUACCCCAGAGUCCCCAGGAGUUCAGGGACAGCAAGGAGAUGGCUGCUGGUGUGAUCCAGCCACUCUGUGACUUCCAGCUGCCACUGCAGUCCCAUCAGCCCUUCCUGUCCUCUGAACCAGAGCCCCCAGAAACUUCUGAGGAGGAAGAAGAAGAAGAAGAGGAGGAGGUGGAACAGGAGCUGGAGGCUGAAGGGCUGAGGGGCUACUGCCUGGCUCCCCAGAGCCCAGAAGUGGCCCCUGAGGGCCCUGAAAGUCCUGAGACCCCACAGCAACUGCUCCGCUUUUCACAGCUCAUCAGUGGUGACAUCCAGCGGUACUUUGGCCCCAAGGACAAGGAGCAGGACCCAGACUCCUGUGAUAUCUAUGCUGACAGCCACCCAGCCAGCUGCUCUGCCCGGGAGCUAUACUAUGCUGACCUGAUGUGCCUGGCCCAGGGUGGACCCUUGGAGAACAAGGAGGCCACUGACUCCAGGGUCUGCUCAACUUGGGGGCUCGAGGGGCCAGCAUGUGGUCCUGCAGAUGGGGUACCACCACUGGGACCCCUGGCCGAGCUCUUUGACUUUGGGUUGCGGCAGUUUCCAGGGCCUAGCACAUCUGCUGGUCGCAGGCUGAGACUAGAGCGGAAAUAUGGCCACAUCACACCCAUGACCCAGAGGAAACUGCCCCCAUCCUUCUGGAAGGAGCCAGCACCUAGUGCCUUGGGCCUGCUCCACCCAGGUACGCCAGACUUCAGCGAUCUGCUAGCCAGUUGGUCAGCUGAGACCGGCCCAGAGCUGCAGGGUGGAGGCAGCCAGGCCCUGGAGGGAGCACAGCUGGCUGAGGCCUAGCAAGCAGGCAAGGGUCAGGAGAGCACUGGGAGAAGCAUCAAGGGUUGCCCAAACUCUCCUUCCUGCUCCCCAAGACCCUCUCCCUCCAGGCAGCUUCACAGCUGGCUCACCAGCUCACGUGAGGCCUCUCUAGGCCCAGGGGCAGGGUCUGGGCUUUUGCUGAGGUCUGGAUCUACAACACCAGGGAGGGAGUCAGGAACAGUGGGGCCAUUCAGAUCCAGGCCUCAGCCCUUUGGCCCAGAGCCUCCCAUAGCACAGGUCCUCAGAGUUGUGCCCACAGGAAGAGGGGACACAGGCAGAAGCUCCCUAAGGCCAUGGACCUACAUGCUUAUGCCUCUUUUCAAAGAGGCCUACCCCAAGAUUCAGGUCAGUGGCAAGGGGCUACCAGGAAAGGGCCCAACACCAGGCUAGCCCUUACCAUUGCCCCACACACCAUGAGGUCUGAGCCCAUGAUCCCUGGGCAGGUGGCAGGGCCACAGACUAUGGGAUAAACCAUGUUUUCUUCAAGGAGAGGCAGGCAGAGGGGGCACUGCCUGAACCUGUGAGCAGACAUGACUGUUUACCCCCCAGGUUAAUGCCAAGAAGCUGCUUCUGCCACUGCAGAAUCAGGUGAUAGCCGUGAAGCUGGGGACCAACCUAAGGAGCCCCGGGCUCAGGCAUGCAGCUUCUAGGUGUCCUUCCUCCCCAUAUCCUUGCCAGUGAUUUAGGUGCAUCCAGAGGCAGGCCUGGGUCCUCUGUAAAGAGCCAAAUGGGGCACCUUCUUCCUGGUGCAAUGGGGUUCCCAGACCACCACAGAAAGUAAUGGGACCAGGCACUAGGCUAGGCAGGACAGGAAGGAGCCUAGAGGGUGAGGGAUUAAG